AUGGCGCUAAAUAGGGCAGACGUUUUCGAAGACGAUAAAGGAAAUCCUGUUAUAUUUUUCUUUCGCCCGUGUGCGGCUAGAAGUAAAGUGCAGCCAAUAAUAGAGGAACAUGGUGGGAGAGUUACAGCAAGAAUGGCCUUAAAUGCAAUCAAACUUGCCAAUGAUGAUGAUUACUUGGUCUCGGAUGAUUAUUACUCGGUGAGGUACAUUGAGGAUUGUGUGAAAGCUAACAAGAUGCUUGACAAAGAAAAGUAUAGGUUGCAGCCACGGAAGAUGGUUAUCCGGGAUGCAAGUGAAGAUCAAGUCAGUGAUAUCUCAUUUGAUGAAGAUGAACCACAAAGAAUAAGAGCAAGCAUGAAAUACUUUCAAGGGAGGAAGAUGUACACAUAUGCUGAUGACAUGGCAAUACUUAACUACAUUAUAAGCAAUGAUUACCAUGAAAAAGUGGCAGGAAACACCAUAUGGAAGGAAAUGGAAGAUUUACAGAUAACAAAGCAUUCUGCCUCCUCCAUGAAUACUCGUUACAGGAAAACAAUCAAAUACAAUCUUAAUUUAUAUACCAUCCCAGUUACCCACAAGAAGAAACUGAAUCUAGACUAUAUGGUGACAUCUGAUGAUACUGAUUCCUCAACAGAACGAAGAAGGCCUAACCUGAUAAAUAGUAAGAAGGAUGAGAUUUCCUUAAAAUCUCCAUCAAAGGCCAGUUCACCAAAAGACACUAAAGCAGCCAAGCAGGCAGAUGGUGACAACCAAAAUAAGAAAGGUUCUGUUGGCUCCUCCAAAUCAGCAUCAAAUUCAAAGAGCCCCAAAAAGACAACCCGUUCACAAAAAAGCAAAUAUUUUAGUGACUGUUCAGAUGAUUUAAGUGAUGUGAGUGAUUCAAUUCCUGUGAAUAAUGAUAGAAAGAAAAGGAAACUGGACUUCGUUACAAGUAACCAGGCAUCAAAAAAUGACAAACAAAAAUCCUCAAACAUAAGCACACCUCAGAAGUCAAAGACUGUGAAGACUGCUGAAAAUGAGGAAAGUGAAAUUGAUAAACAGUGUUCAGAGCCAGCGAAGAGACAAGAAAGUUUGCCAUCAAAGAAGUCUCUUGAUGAAAAUUAUGAGUCUCCAGAUAAUAGAAUCACAAGAGGAAAGGGGAGACUUAGUAAAACAAAGCCUCCAGUUGGUACACCAUCUAAAUCCCCCACCAAGAGCAAUGAACCAAAGAAAUCAUUAGAAACCAACGGAAAUACAACCACAGAUAGUGCAGCAAAUGCUAACAGCAAACAAAAAAGGACAACUUCUCACAAGUUACAGUCCAAUCCUCCUGAUCAACAAUCAAAUGCACCAACUACCAACAAAAUAUCCCAGAGGACUUUGUAUAACACUGAAGGAGUCACAUUAACACCAGGACAGAUGAUGGACAAACUCAACUCUUCUCAGAGAGAAGAACACAAUACAUCAGUAAGUAGUGUUUUCAAGCCUUCUUAUGGAGAUUCAACCAAAUAUAAGAGAGGCUCCCGAAAGAAAGCCAGCAAAACUCAGUCUCCCUAUUCUAAAGAUGUUCAUAGGUUAGAUGAUUCAGUCGAUGAUGAUGAACUGGAAGAUGAUUUUGAUAAAGAACUGAUGAAGCGUGUGGCAAAGACCUCUACACAAGCAUCUGAUGAUGAGGUUCCUACACCAUCUAAGAUGAGGAAAUCUAAAUUGUCCACUGAAAAACAUGUUUCCAAUGAUCCAUUACAAAUAAGUACAUCUACGAAAAAAUUGAAAUCUUCAGAAGAAACUCCUGAAAAGAAAUCUAAGAAAACCAAAAAGAGGUCCUGUAGAACAGCAUAUGUGACAGUGUUUACAGAUGAUGAAGAAGAGAUUGAUAAAGAAGUAGCACUAGAGAAGUCAGUGACAGACAAUAGUUUAGAUGAGGCUGAAAUAAAAGAAUUCAUUUUAUUCUUGUGUGAAGAAUAUCGGCUGACAGUAGCACAGGUUCAAUACAUCAUUUAUAUCAAUAAUGGUGAUGUCAAUGAUACCUUGGAAUGGCUUAGGACAAGUGGGGAAUGCAAUGGUAAACUGACAUGGGAUGUACAAGAUGAUGAAAAACUUGAUGGACAUUUGGAUGAAUUAUUCAGAAAGUAUGGUGAAACCACUGUCAGAAAUCGUAUUGCUUUUUUGGAAGGCACUUAAAGUGGAAUGUUCUCUGCCAGUAUAUGUCUGGAAGAAGCUUGUAAUCAAAAAAAUCUGGUUAAAGGUUUUUACCUCAUGCAUUUACAUAUCUAUGAUUCCUAUAUGUACGUGCAUGAUGUUAAAAGAAAUUGUACAUGUAUUAUUCAUUUUACAUUAACAUUUUAUAUGGUCAUCUGACUGGAAGUGUCUUAUUAUAUACAAGUAAGUCAGAGUUUGACAAUAUUCUUCUAUAUGUCCCCCUGUUAACUUUUCCUAUAUUUUGUUGUUCUUAAACACAGGUCCAGUAUCAUCUAAACUAGCAACAACAAAAAACCCUUUAUUUAGAUGAAGAGUUCCCUGUCAAGGGAGAUAAUCAAGAAAUAGGAUGGAAUCAUUUCAAAAGCUUUUAAGCCUAAUAUAGGGAAAAUAACAGCUUGUAUUUCAAGAUUUUUUUAUACCCCCACUUGAAAAGGGGGGAUAUAUAGUAAUGGGGGUGUCCAUCCUUAGGUCGGUAAAACUUGGUGGUACCCAUCUUUUAUCCAAAACUUUUCCUAUACCACUGAAUAGGAUUUAAUGAGACUCUAACAGAAUCUUCAUUACAUAGUCCCAUUGUGCACCUCCUAUUUUACAUUUUAAUCAAAGAUAUUUGGGUUUACCAUAGCAAAACAUGGAUACAGUCAUUCUUCUAUAACAUUUGUAGGUACCCAUCUCUUAUCUGCAAUUCCUCCUAUACCACUUAAAAUUUAAGGAUACUUUAAAGGUGCUUGGACACAGAUUUGAAGUUAAAUAUUUUCUCAAGUUUUCGGUAUAAUAUCAUGACUAAUAUGUUGCUAUAGCAUUUCAAACGGAAAUAAAAUAAAAAACAUAUUUUAUCUGGAAAUUAUUGAAACUACAAAUUUCGGGACGCGUUUUAUUGAUAUAUCCUAGCACUUUCAUAAAGCAAACUUUAUCCUUAGAUAAAGUAAAAUUUUUGUUGUAUAUUAAUGAAAUAUAUUCAAACUAUAAUCCAGAAAAUUCAGAGUAGAAAUGUAAGAAAG